AUGGGUCUCCUCCAAGAAGUCGCGGGACCGGUGUCCCAGCAGUUCCAGACUUUGGGAACUGCGUCGCAAGUCGCAAUCGUCUUCGCUGCUGUCGUGGUCGUCUCUGUCAUCCUCAACGUCGCAAACCAGAUCCUCUUCAAGAACAAGAAUGAGCCUCCCAUGGUCUUCCACUGGUUCCCCUUCAUCGGCAGCACCGUCAUCUAUGGCAUGGACCCCCCAGCUUUCUUCAAGGCCAACCGCGAAAAGUUUGGCGAUGUUUUCACUUUCGUUCUCCUCGGCAAGAAGACCACGGUCGCUCUCGGAACUCAGGGCAAUGACUUCAUCCUCAACGGCAAGCUCAAGGAUGUGAAUGCUGAGGAUAUCUACACUGUUUUGACCACUCCCGUUUUUGGACGCGAUGUUGUCUACGACUGCCCCAACGCCAAGCUCAUGGAGCAGAAGAAGUUCAUGAAGAUUGCCCUCACCACUGAGGCCUUCCGCUCCUACACCCCCAUCAUUGCCGACGAGGUUACCAACUACUUCAAGCGCAGCCCUGACUUCAAGGGCAAGUCUGGCGUCGUCAAUCUGCCCCCCAAGCUGGCCGAGAUCACCAUUUUCACCGCCUCCCACGCUCUUCAGGGCGCCGAGAUCCGCAACAAGUUUGACGAGUCCCUUGCCUCUCUCUACCACGACCUCGACAUGGGCUUCACCUCCAUCAACUUUGUGCUGCACUGGGCUCCUCUCCCCUGGAACAAGAAGCGUGAUCACGCCCAGCGCACCGUUGCUCAGAUCUACAUGGAUGAAAUCAAGCAGCGCCGCGAGCAAGGCCGCACCGACGGACUCGAUAUCAUGACCCAUCUGAUGAACUCUACCUACAAGAACGGCACCAAGGUCCCCGACCACGAGAUCGCCAACAUGAUGAUUGCCCUCCUCAUGGCCGGCCAGCACUCUUCCUCCUCCACCAGCUCUUGGAUCAUGCUUCGUCUCGCCCAGUACCCUCAGAUUAUGGAGGAGCUCUACGAGGAGCAGGUCCGUGUUCUCGGCGCCGACCUUCCUCCCCUGACCUACGAAGACCUCGCCAAGCUGCCCCUUAACCAGGCCAUCAUCAAGGAGACUCUUCGCCUGCACGCCCCCAUCCACUCCAUCAUGCGCGCCGUCACAUCUCCCAUGCCCGUUCCCGGUACCAAGUACGUCAUUCCUACCAGCCACACCCUCCUCGCCGCUCCUGGUGUCUCUGGCUCCGACCCCGUCUACUUCCCCGAGCCCGAGGAAUGGAACCCCCACCGCUGGGACGCCGACUCUCCUAUCGCCCCCAGACUCGGACGCCCCGAAGAUGCCGAUGAUGAGAAGAUCGAUUACGGUUACGGCUUGGUCAGCAAGGGUGCCGGAUCGCCUUACCUCCCAUUCGGCGCUGGUCGUCACCGCUGCAUCGGUGAGCACUUUGCCAACCUGCAGCUGCAGACCAUUACCGCCAUGAUUGUCAGAGAAUUCAAGUUCCGCAACGCCGAUGGCAGCAAUAAGAUCAACGGCACAGACUACGCCUCCCUUUUCUCACGGCCAUUGGAGCCCGCCAACAUCUACUGGGAGAAGCGCAACCCCUAG